AUGGAGCAGGCCAAUGGCGCGGCAAAGACCAAGCUGGAGCAGCUUUCGAAACUUCUCAACAUCAAGCUCCGCAGCGCGCAGGGCUUCCUGCAAGAGGAGCUGAAUGCGAUGCAGAGCAGAAUCAAGAAGGCGGAGAAGAAGCUGGACACCGUGAUCGCAGCAGCCAAAGAGCAGCGCGAGCGGCUACAGGCGUGUGAGCUUACCGCGGAGUCCCUGGAGAAGGUAGAGAGGUGCGAGGCUGCCCUGCAGAAGGCCUCCGAGGCGGAGCGGCCGUUCCAGAAGGACUGUGAGGUGUCCCCAGCAGAAGCGCAGCAGGCAUUGGCGGAUUGUGAGGCGACUGCCUUGGCAGCUCAGAAAGCCAUCAGCGAGGCACGGAGCGCGACGCUCCAGUGCCUCACCAAAGCCAAGGAGUUUGGGGAAGCUGCCUCCGACCUCUGCACCAAGGACCAGCUGGCGCUGCAGAAGCGUCUGGACGGCAUGGCCCUGAAGCUGAACGAGCUCAAGAAGGAGACGACUGAGAGAAAGCGCAAGGCUCACCUCCUGACCACCGCAGAGAAAGUCUCGAAAGUAGAGGCUGCUGUGAAGCAGAUGGGGGAGGUGAUGGCCCGUUUCAGCGAGAGCAGCAUCGCCACGCUCAGCAAAGACGAGGCGCAGAAAAUCAGCGAGGAGGGCUGCACCGUCGAGCAGACAGCGCAGGCCUGUAUGGAGAGCGCCAAGCGCUUUCUGGGCCAGCGGAUGCAAGAGGCAAAGACGCUGCAAGAGGCCCAGCGGGUGCCUUUCAUGGCGGACCUCUCCAAGUUGCAGUCGCGGCUCACUGCUGCGCAGGUGGAGGUGGCAAAGCUGUCCAAGCAGCUCACGGAGCGGGAGCAGAGCUUCGUGGCUGUACGGUUGUCUCAGGACGUGGACAAUGAGCUACGUCGGAUCUCAGAAGAGGGCAAGGUGGCUGCGCAGGUCUGCCAGGACCUGCUGGAAGGAGAAGGCCACGCCAAGCUGCUGUUGCUGCUGAGACACGACGCUGUUGUGGAGAUUCUGCAGGACCACAUCUCCGCUAGCCAGACGGUGGAGAACCUGUGGGAGGAUCUCUCGGCAGGAGAUGCUUCUGUUACCCAAGAUCGCUUUGCCGACUGGCUGCAGUCAAGGAGCGAGGUUUCAAGCGGCACCCUCACCAAGGAGCAGACCCUGCAGGUCUGGCCGCUGCUUGUGAAGGGCGAGCAGAUGAAGCAGGCGGAGUUUCAGGACCUGUUGUUGGCGCGCCGCUGCGCCGCCAACACAAUUGGCCUUUGGAAUGCGCCGUCAGGCGGUCGGGAAAUCUGCCAGCUCUACGAGGGGGAAGCUGUCCAAAUCCUUGACACCAGUGACGAGCGGCCGCACUGCCGCUUGCUGCGUGACGGCUCGUCACUGUGGGUGGCCAGCGCGGAGUGCCUGCAGCCCACUGCAGCAGGGCAACUGGCGAGCUUGGAGGCGUACAUCAAGGCCGCCUUCGCCAACUGCAACUUCUCUGCAACGCAGACAGAGCAGAAGGCCGCUCAGGUUGCCAGCAUCAAGCAGGGCCCGCUGGUGCCGAUUCGAAGCAAGCUGCUGGAAGUCAGCAAGAAGCUCACGCAGGAGAAGGCGAAGCUGGAUAUCCUGAAGUCCAACUUGCUGACGGCCAAGGAAGCGGCGCAGCAGGAGCGGGAGGCGGAGGUCAAAGAACUCAUGGACGCCAAGUGCAAGGCCUUCCAAGAGGAAUCCUCCCGCCGGGGGAAGGAGGCCUUGAAAGAAGCGGAGGAAGCGACGAACCAGGUGCUGCAGGGCGCCGAGGAGUCACAGAGGCUAUCGCUCAGUGAGCUAGAGGCCCUACAGACUCAGGGCGAGACAGCCUUCGAGGUGCUGAAGUCCUCGAAGGGAGUGAUAACACAGCUCCUGGAUUCCUUCGACUCCUUCAAAGGGCCGAAGCGCACGAUGCUUCUACAGGCACGCGUGGAGUUGAACAAGAUCAACUCUCAGCUGUUUGCGAUGGAGCAGAAGUGCGGCAGCUGCAGCGAGAGCUUGCGCCAGGCGCAUGCUCAGGCGCUGAAGAAGCUCACGGUGCGAGCACGGAAUGCGCUGCGACAUGCGUUCCGGCAGAGCGGGCUCUCCCCAGACUCAGCCUUCCUGCAAGCCGCCAGGAGUGAUCAGGACCAGGUCUCUGAGGAGGAGUUCCUGCUUUUCGUGUCGAAGCUAGGGGAGGAGGUGACUUCGGAGCAGGCAAAGAUGCUCUACAAGGAGUUUGCCCGCAGCGGCAUGUUCAAGGGCAACUUCCUGAAAGCGGUCCAGGAGUACGGCUGUUGCGUGCGCGAGGUGGCGAUGACGGGGGGCCUCAGCAUUGGCACAGUCACGGGCACCAUUCGGAAGAUCCUGAUGCAUGAAGUCCUGGAGAUCCUGGAAGGUCCUUGCACAGAGGAGGAGGCGAACGUGCAGCGGGUGCGAUGCCGUGCGCUGAAGGACGGCAAGGAGGGAUGGAUCACCAUCAAGGGCAACCAGGGCACGCCUUUCCUGAAACCCCGGGAAAAGCCCUUCCUUCUGGUUGCUGGCGAGACUGAGUUCCGGGCGGAGUCCGAGCUGAGCUCUGAGGUGCUGCGGAAGCUGCAGAUGGGUGAGAAGCUGGAACUCCUGGAAGGCCCCCGCGAAGUCACCUUUGAGGAGAAGGUCUUCCUGCAGGGAGUUGCCGCAGAUGGGAGCGAGGGCUUCGUGUUGCUGCAGGAGAUGGUCAGCUCUGGCAUUGAGGGCCCCAGCGACCGGCACUACGUGUGCAAGUCAACCAUUGCCAUGACGGAUGUGGAGGACAUCACAAGCUGCAAGGUGCUGUGCAAGAUCCAGAGCGGGGACUUGCUGGAAGCGCUGGGUGAUCCAGUGGAGGGUGAACCCGGUGCCAUACCCCGGAGGCGGUUCCUGGCUUGCGGCUCUGGACAGGAGGGCUGGGUGACCCUCACUGGAAACGCAGGCACGGUCUACCUGGAGCAGAGCCAGAGACAUUGGCUCGUCGCCUCCUCGGUGGCCCUUCGCCUGAGUACGGACGACGAGGCCUUGGCCAAGCGGGCUCUGAAAGAGGAGCUCUUUGAGGAGAAGGCGAGAAGAACAGUGAGGCCAAAGCCCCAAGUCCAGAUGAAGGCGAGAUCUCUCGUGGACUGGACUGUGGGGUGGGUCUCCUUCGUGGCAGGGCCAAAUGCUCCAGUGAAGCCGUCCUCGGACGCGCCAUGA